GCUCAUUUCCUUUAGCAGCCGGAAGAGUGCAUUUGUUGUUAGAAAUAUGACAGAAAAAUAGAGGCAUGGUGUUUAAAGAAUUAAUGACAGCUGGAUCUAAAGAGGAGCUGCGUGAUGGGAAACCAAGAGCUAGAGGAGGUGUUUGUGGCUGUUAUUCGACCAAAAAACACAACCAGCCUCAACUCCAAAGAGUACCGUGCUAAAUCCUACGAGAUUUUACUGAUUGAAGUUCCCCUGGAGGGAAAAGAGAAAAAGCGGAAGAAAGUGUUGCUUGGGACUAAAAUUCAGGCCGACAGUGACCGCACAAAGUCAAUUCUGGAGUAUGUGGAUGAAACUACCAAGCCCAUAUCCAAUAACCAGGGCAUAAUAGGGAAGCGUGUUGUGCAUAUGCGGAAGUUCCUGUUAGAUGGAGACAGUGGAGGAAGAGAGGCCUCGUUAUUUAUUGUGCCAAUCAAUGUCAAAGACAACAGCAAGUCUGUGUAUCACCCUGGGAGCCCCAGCUUCUACUGUCUUCAGGACAUCAUGCGUGUGUGUAGUGAAACCAGUGCUCAUUUCUCCUCCAGCACCUCAAAGAUGCUGCUCGCUCUCGACAAGUGGUUAGCGGAGCAGCACACUGUACCUCAUGCUAUCCCUGCCCUGUUCCGGCCGGCUCCGGUGGACCGUGUAAAGACUAACGUGAGUAACCCAGCAUACGCAGUGGAGAAGCAGACAGACGGGACGCUGCACAUGGGCUACACGGCUCUAGAGAUCAAGAGCAAGCUGAUGUCUCUGGAGAAAGCAGAUCUGUGCAUCCAGAACCCGCUGUAUGGCUCAGAUCUGCAGUACACCAACAGAGUGGACAAAGUCAUCAUCAACCCUUACUUUGGCUUGGGAGCUCCAGAUUACUCCAAAAUCCAGAUUCCAAAGAGAGACAAAUGGCAGCACAGUAUGACCAGCGUCACUGAAGACAAAGAGCGCCAGUGGGUGGAUGAUUUCCCUCUGCACCGCAGCGCCUGUGAAGGAGACACUGAGCUUCUGUCCAAACUGCUGGACAGCGGAUUCUCAGUCAAACAGCUGGACAGCGACCACUGGGCACCCAUUCAUUAUGCAUGCUGGCAUGGAAAGGUGGAGGCCACCAAGCUGCUGCUGGAGAAAGGCAACUGUAACCCCAAUCUGCUGAACGGCCAGCUGAGCUCUCCUUUACACUUCGCAGCCAUCGGCGGUCAUGCAGAGAUCGUGCAGCUCCUCCUGCAGCACCCGGAGAUUGACAGGCACAUCGAGGACCAGCAGAAACGAUCGCCGCUUCAAGUAUGUGAAGAAAACAAGCAGAACAACUGGGAGGAAACCGUGAAUCUCCUUCAGCAAGCCAGCAAUAAACCAUACGAAAAGGUGAGAAUUUAUCGCAUGGAUGGAUCGUACCGCUCUGUGGAGCUGAAGCAUGGGAACAACACCACCGUGCAGCAGAUCAUGGAGGGCAUGAGAUUAUCACAGGAGACACAGCAGUAUUUUACCAUCUGGAUCUGCUCCGAAAACCUCAGUCUGCAGCUGAAGCCGUACCACAAGCCCUUGCAGCACUUACGGAUGUGGAGCGAGAUCGUGACAGAUCUCACCGCUCUGGAUCCACAGAGGGAAAGUCCACAGCUCUUCCUGCGCAGAGACGUUCGGCUGCCUUUAGAGAUCGAGAAAAAGGUUGAAGAUCCGCUGUCCAUCCUCAUCUUAUUUGAUGAAGCUCGUCACUGCCUCCUCAAAGGUUUCCUCUCGGCAUCAGAUAACAAGCUAAUCACACUCGCAAGCCUCCUUCUCCAGAUAAUCUACGGAAACUACGACAGCAAGAAGCACAAACAGGGCUUUCUAAAUGAGGAAAACCUGAAAUCCAUAGUGCCCAUUUCAAAGGUCAAGAGCAAAGCACAUCACUGGACUAACAGGAUACUUCAUGAGUACAAGAGUCUGAGCACUAGUGAGGGCGUGAGUAAAGAAAUGCAUCACCUCCAGAGGCUCUUCCUGCAGAACUGCUGGGAUAUUCCCACCUACGGGGCGGCGUUUUUCACGGGACAGGUCUUCACUAAGGCCAGCUCCAGCACACACAAGGUGAUCCGCGUGUAUGUGGGCGUCAACACCAAAGGCCUGCAUCUGAUGAACAUGGAGACAAAGGUGCUUCACCUCAGUCUGGAGUAUGGGACGUUUAUGUGGCAGCUGGGUCAGGCUGAUCAAUACGUGCAAAUCCACAGUCUGGAGAACAAGAAGAACUUUGUCGUUCACACCAAACAGGCUGGUCUUAUUGUGAAGCUGCUGAUGAAGUUGAGUGGACAAAUCACACCAAACGACCGAGCUGCGUCUGAUAAAUAUGCGUAUGGGUAACCACAUAACACACAGGCUUUUUUCAUUUUAGUUUUUGUUUUUUACACUGUCAUAAAAACUACAUGACUAGAUGCUGUUUUUACCAAAAGAUGACAGUUUUACAUAUUAUAAAUGUUAACCCAAUUUACCAUGUAAUAUUUUCUUACUGUAUAUGAUAUUAUAUGCAUUUUAUUAUGUCAUGAUAGCCUUGACUUUUAACCAUGUUUGUAAAUAU